CAAAAACCUGGCUCCUGGCUCUCUAUUCUUCUAAGGAUCACUUUCCUGACAAAAGAGGUAAGGGACUCCACUACAUGAAUUGAAGAAGGAUAAGGUUGGCACUGCUUUGCUUCUUUCUUUGUUGAAAUUUCUUCCUUCCUGAUCAAGCUUCAGCAUAUCUCCUUACAGCAUAUGAUACACAGAAUUUCUCUUUCCUAAAAUGGAGUCAAGUAAAAAGAUGGACUCCCCUGGCCCUCUGCAGGCUAACCCACCGCUAAAGCUGCAUCCUGACCGCAGCGCUGGGACAUCAGUUUUCGUCCCUGAACAAGGAGGUUACAAAGAAAAGUUUGUGAAGGCUGUGGAGGACAAGUACAAGUGUGAGAAGUGCCGCCUGGUGCUGUGCAACCCGAAGCAGACCGAGUGUGGUCACCGGUUCUGCGAGACCUGCAUGGCUGCCUUGCUGAGCUCCUCAAGUCCAAAAUGUACAGCGUGUCAAGAAAGCAUCAUUAAAGAUAAGGUGUUUAAGGAUAAUUGCUGCAAGAGAGAGAUUCUGGCUCUUCAGAUCUAUUGUCGGAAUGAAAGCAGAGGUUGUGCAGAACAGUUAACGCUGGGACAUCUGUUGGUGCACUUAAAAAAUGAUUGCCAGUUUGAGGAGCUUCCGUGUGUGCGUGCUGACUGCAAAGAAAAAGUCUUGAGAAAAGACCUGCGUGAUCACGUGGAAAAGGCCUGCAAAUACCGGGAGGCCACGUGUAGUCACUGCAAAAGCCAAGUCCCCAUGAUCACAUUGCAGGUUUCCUUGCUGCAGAAUGAAAGUGUAGAGAAAAACAAGAGCAUACAGAGUUUGCACAAUCAGAUAUGUAGCUUUGAAAUUGAAAUUGAGAGACAAAAGGAAAUGCUUCGAAAUAAUGAAUCCAAAAUACUUCACUUACAGCGAGUAAUAGACAGCCAAGCGGAGAAACUGAAGGAGCUCGACAAAGAGAUCCGUCCCUUCCGGCAGAACUGGGAGGAAGCGGACAGCAUGAAGAGCAGCGUGGAAUCCCUGCAGAACCGCGUGACUGAGCUGGAGAGCGUGGACAAGAGCGCUGGACAGGUGGCUCGGAACACAGGCUUGCUGGAGUCCCAGCUGAGCCGUCAUGACCAGAUGCUGAGUGUCCACGACAUCCGUCUGGCCGACAUGGACCUGCGGUUCCAGGUCCUUGAGACCGCCAGCUACAAUGGCGUGCUGAUUUGGAAGAUCCGAGAUUACAAGCGGCGGAAGCAGGAGGCCGUCAUGGGGAAGACCCUGUCCCUUUACAGCCAGCCGUUCUACACGGGCUACUUUGGCUAUAAGAUGUGCGCCAGGGUCUACCUGAACGGGGAUGGGAUGGGGAAGGGGACGCACUUGUCGCUGUUUUUUGUCAUUAUGCGUGGAGAGUAUGAUGCUUUGCUUCCUUGGCCAUUUAAGCAGAAAGUGACGCUCAUGUUGAUGGAUCAGGGGUCCUCGCGGCGUCAUUUGGGAGAUGCAUUCAAGCCCGACCCCAACAGCAGCAGCUUUAAGAAGCCCACCGGAGAGAUGAAUAUCGCCUCUGGCUGCCCGGUCUUUGUGGCCCAAACUGUUCUAGAAAACGGGACAUAUAUUAAAGAUGAUACAAUUUUUAUUAAAGUCAUAGUGGAUACUUCGGAUCUGCCCGAUCCCUGACGAGUCCUUGGGGAGGAGGAUUUAGCAGAAGGUAACUCCUCUGGGGGGUUUGAACCAGUCUGUCUUCACCGAGGUCCUCGAGCUCAGAAAAGGACCUUGUGGAACGGAGGAAGCGGCAGAAGGUGGACGCACGGCCGGCAGGAGGAGCCACACAUGAACACACACCUGACAUGUUUUCUAUAGACUAGCAACACUUCACUCUGAAGAAUUAUUUAUCCUUCAACGAGAUAAAUAUUGCUGUCAGAGAAGGUUUUCAUUUUCAUUUUUAAAGAUCUAGUUAAUUAAGGUGGAAAACAUAUAUGCUAAACAAAAGAAACAUGAUUUUUCUUCCUUAAACUUGAACACCAAAAAAAGAAAACACACACAUGUGGGGAUAGCUGGACAUGUCAGCAUGUUAAGUAAAAGGAGAAUUUAUGAAAUAAUAACGCAAUUCUGAUAUAUUCAUUCUAAAAUUCAAGAGUGCAACCUUGUUUCAAAUAUAGUAUAUUGUCUAUUUUUAAGGCCUCAUCUGGUCUCUGUUUUAAUAAUUUGUUUGUCAGAAGACCCUGAAGUACUCCUAGGUCUUUUUUUGAAAGUCUCUAAAUUCAGAAUCAUUUUUUAAUUUAAAGUUCUACAAAUAAUUGUUACUGCAAACAUUUUAUUUUAAAACGUUGAUAGACUGAUAUUUCUUGGAAGAAAAUGUAAAAUAUCAAACACUGGUUAUCACUUGUGAUAGGAAAGAGAAUAUUCAAUCUGUUGUUAUUUCUCGUUAGAAAUGUAAACCUUCAAUAUCUGUCGUAGUUAAUGACACUACUUCAAAAUUAUUAUGAAAGGAACAUUGCUCAUGGAUGCUGUGCAUCAUUUUCAGAUUUAUAAUUGUUUUCACCCUAAAAUAGGGCAUUAGUUGAACUUUGGAGUUCUGAACAAAAUCCUGUAGUUUUUAAAAUUCUGCCCCAUGUGUUCAGACAAGCCCUCUGUGGCUGACAGUACCGGCCUUGGUCUCUGUGUCCAGUGUCCAGGGGUGGGCAGGGGUCUGCGCGGAGGGCCCGGCAGGUGUGUCUCUUCAUUCUGUCAUCUUGCUGCGUUUUGUUAAUGAUCUCCGAAAGCAACAUCUUUGCAUAGAGAUGGUGGCAUACGGUACAUGUGCCUUAGAUGUGACAUGCUGCUUCUCGACCCUGGGUUUGCAUUCAGCAUAAUUCUAGAAAGUGCUAGUUUAACCAGACUUUUCUCUCCACCACUAGAUCCUUGUCUCUCCAAGGCCCUCAGACAACUCCGUACCCGCUGAGGGAAGCCAGGCUCCACCGUUGGCUUCUGGAGCCUCCGCUACUUAAUCACUGCAGAUUCCAAAUCUCUAGGCCCCAAAAGUGAGCUGCCUGGUCCAAGUACAGCUUGGUCCCACCCUGAGGGAGGCAGGUGUGGGGCAGAAGCUGAGUCUCUCCGUGCCCCCACCUGGGCCCUGGGGGCCCACACAGCUCGAAGCAGAACCCUCUGAGCAUUCUCGAGACCGCUGCUCUGGGAGCCUGCCCCGGCUGAUUGAUGGGCAUUCCUAAACCACCACCCUGGCAGGAGGGGUGGCCACAGGGCCUGUUGUCCCAGCCUGUGCCUGCUCGGACGGCAUUCUCUCAACUCACUGUUUACUGUCUCUCAAAGGUCCAACUGUGAUGAGAAGCCUGGAGCCCUGCCCUGUACCCCUUUUGCUAUGCACCACGCUUCAUGGUGCUCUUACCACUGAUGGGUGCUACACGUGACGGGUGCUUCUUAGGCAAAACCAAUGUGUGCGAACCACACCUGUGCCACUUGUCCAACAGCCGCGCCCACGAUUGGCCAGCUGGGCCGCGCACUUCAGACUGCCUGCCUCUGGGCUCUCCCCAUGGCUGCGCGGGGACAGCUUGGCUGGUGCCUAGUGGCCCACCUUGUCUCUGGUGCUGCCGUCUGUCCUGGGUGUGCCUUCGCCCCAGUGCCUGCUGGAAGUGCCCUCCUGUCACACACCCAUCCCCGUGCUUCCACGAGGGACCUCACUGGUUCCACGCGCCUGCCAUGCCCUUUCGUGGUUAAAACGGUUGGUCGUCCUUCAUCUGCCUUUCCUUUCUUCACUCUCCUGGGAUUGCUUUGGGGGCAAAUUGGUGUCGUUGGUUCUGUCCCCAUAAAGGAGUCAUGUGUCCCUGCUCAUAAAGGAAGGACUUCCUGCAGAAGCUCAGAAAACACUCUUCCCUCAAAGGUGUCACCAACCUUCUCCAGGCCUGUCCCCUGGGUUCUACCCUGGAGGCCUGAAGGAGGGAGGACCUCCUGGCAGUCCCUACCUGGCUCAGGUGGCUUUCCUGAGGCCAGGGGUUAACAACAGGGACACCCCUGCGACUUCCUUUCCAGUCACUAAAAGUGU